UUGCUGUUAGUAAAUAUUGACAGUCACAUUUUUUCGUAGGCAUGAAAACAUUCCGGGAUUGAAUUGUCAAAUUAAAUUUACUCAAGAGUCUGAGCAACAUGCCCCAAAAAUCAAAUCCAGAUAAACGUCAUAGUAAAUUAAAUGUACGUCGAAAAGGCAAAAUAUUUAAAGGUGGACGCUAUGUACUUUCCCAUGAUGCUCAAGUUGCAUUGUCAAACCUACUCAGUGAUGUCAUUGAGGAGACUCUAGAUGAUGCAAAAAAGAUGGCCGAAGAUGCAGGGAAAAAUCAAGUGUCUAUUGAAGAUAUUGAAAGAGCUUUGAAAAAAUUAUGCUAUAAUAUACGCUCUGUUUCAGCUCAUAAUCCUAGAGUCACAUUGAAUUCUAGUAACAUUGUCUUUUAAAUCAAUCCCUUCAUCAACUACAUCCAAAUGAACACCACUAAAACCAAUUUCGAUCAAGAUUUUACAAUUUAAUCCAACAAUAAA